AUGGCCUACCAAUACGCCAAUUUCCCCUCCUCAACUCCCCUUCCCACCCCCUCAGCCGAAGGCAAUGUCACAAUAACAACCACAUCCGUAACCGACAUCUGGCGCAAACCGCCCUCCAUCGACAGCUUCAACGCUCCCAUCAUAUACAAAAAGAUCACAAUCUCCAAAUUCAAAUCCGCGCGCGUAACAGUCACCGCAAACCUCAAGACCCUCUACGACCAAGGCGGGUUGGUCCUCGUCUUCCCAACCAAAAGAAGCGAUCCCAGGCCCGAAAAACGCUGGGUGAAAACCGGCUUCGAGUACUACCAGAACCGACCGAUGAUGAGCACCGUGACGACGGAUCUGUGGUCAGAUUGGAGUUUGUUGCCGCUAGACCCCGAGGAUGAGAGGGAGAAACGGGUUACGGUUGAGGUGGAGAGGGAGAAGGAAAGUGAUGGGAGUUGGGGGUCUGUUUUGAGGGUUUCGGUUGUGGGGAGGGGAGGGAAGGUGCCGGUGAGGGAGGUUACGUGGGCUUUUUGGGAUGUGGAUGAGGAGGGGGAGAUGUGGGUUGGGAUGACGGCUGCGAAGCCUAUUACGAGUGAGGGGGAUGAUGAGUUGAGUGUUGAGUUUGAGGGGUUUGAGGUUGCGUUGAGAGAUGAUUGA